AUGACUUUCGGGUAUAAUACGAAAUAUGAUGCGAAAGCGAAGGAGCAACGGAGACCGCUAGUCCUUAUAGGUCACAGUUUUGGCGGUACCAUAAUUGAGCACGCCUUCGUCAAAGCAUCCUUAGGUGGGGAAUACGCGAACAUCUACAAAUCAAUCGCCGGCAUAUUCCUUUUCGGCGUUCCAUUCCGCGGAAUAUAUCUCAAUGAUGUCAUCUCUAUGCUUGACUACGACUGGGAGCUCGCAAGCCAGGGCCACGAACUGGUUAGAGAUAUUAUAUACGAGACGCAACGAAUUACUCAUACGUGCGAAGUCUUCAUGAAUCGAAUUACGGAGAGAAAAGUACCUAUAUAUUCAUUUCAUGAGAAGGAAAAGACGAGGAGGGUUAUCCAGAAAGACGGGGUCUAUGGGAGAUACGGGGACUACGUAAUAGUGGUCAGCAAAAAUUCUACAGUACUGGAGACCCCUGGAUUCGAGAGUAUACCAGCCGACGGGGAUCACUCAACUAUAGUCAAGUUGAAGAGUGCGCAGGAUGAAACGUAUACAACCGUUCGUGAUCGUCUCAAGAUAAUUAUCCAGGAGGCGGAGGCUGCGGAGGCUGAGAGGCAAGCACGCGCAAACGAUCUUUUUGGCUUAAAUGGUGACCGCCUAUCGUUGGACAAGACUGACCUUGAGAAGGUACCGUAUGUCCAUAGUGCGGCGUUCGAUUCUGAGACCGAUGAAUUGGACGCGAGGUGUCAUCCUGAGACACGAAAAGAACUUCUAAAGCAAAUUAAGGACUGGGCACAAGAUCCUGACGGCAAAUGCAUAUUUUGGUUAAAUGGCGUAGCUGGCACAGGGAAAUCUACAAUAUCUCGAACAGUGGCCCAACUUUUUAAUGAUGAUGACGACAUUCAGUUGGGAGCCAGUUUCUUUUUCAAAAGAGGCGAAAGUAAUCGCGAUAAUGCCUUUAGGUUUUGGACUACAAUCGCUGUCCAAUUAACAAGGAACAUACCCGGGCUGGUACCCUACGUUCAGAAUGUGAUUCAAGAAGAGCCCGAUAUUGCAACAAAGGCGCUUGAAAAGCAAUUUAGAACUUUGGUCUUCCACCCUCUUGAAAAACUUAUAGAGGCCAAUUCUUCUUCUGCGGCCCCUGAGGAAAAUAACAACCGAGCUCUCGUACCGCUAGUCUUUGUGAUUGACGCCCUGGACGAAUGUGAGGGAGAUACAAAAGUCAGGCAGAUUUUGGAUUUUCUUUCGGAAAUGGCAAAAUUAAAAAUUGUGCGUGUGCACAUACGGAUUUUCCUAACAAGCCGACCGGAGCUCCCAAUUCGUCUCGGCUUCGAUAAAAUGUCUGCCGAUACUCAUGACCGCAUGAUACUUCAAGACGUUCCUCCGGCCACUAUUGAACACGACAUAUCCGUUUUUCUCAAAUGGGAGUUUUCGAAAAUUAGAUCCGCCUUCAAUAUCACACAACGGGAAUACUCCGCAGAUUUUGAACUUCCCCUGGAUUGGCCUAGAGCAGGCGAUAUUGAAAGGCUUACAAAAAUGGCGAUUCCUCUAUUCAUUUACGCGUCAACUGUUUGUCGAUUCGUUGGAGAUAAGUUAAACUGGGACCCGCGGCAACGACUGGCUAUCAUUUUGAAGUACGGGACAACUUACACCGAAGGAGGAGAAGACUCUCAGCUGAACCGGACUUAUCUUCCUGUCUUAAAACAACUUGAAUCCGGUCAAUCUGAAACACAGCUUGAAAGAUUCGCCCAGGAAUUUAGAACUAUCAUCGGAUCGAUCGUGGUAGUUGUAGAUCCCCUACCGAUAUCAACGCUGGCAGAUCUUCUUGGUAUAACUAAAGAAAAGGUCAACGGGAAGUUAGUGCACUUGCAUUCUGUUCUUAGUAUUCCUGCCGAUUCAGCCUUACCUAUCCGGUUUCUACAUCUUUCCUUCCGAGAGUUCCUUGUCGACCCUGACAAAAAAAGGAGCGGAACAGACAGAAAUAAUUGGUUCUGGAUCGACGAACGAGAAGCACACAGGAUGAUGGUGACAAAGUGCCUCGACGUACUCUCAACCCAUCUUAAGGAAAAUAUAUGUGGCCUAGAAUACCCAGGGAUGCCACGAAAAAAGCUCAGAAGUGCCCGGAUAGAUGAACAUCUACCGCCACAUGUUCGAUAUUCUUGUCGUUAUUGGGUUCAUCACCUGGAACGUAGUUCUACCGGUAAACCCAUAGUUGAUCAUGAUAUAGUCCACACAUUUUUGUGUAAACAGUUCUUAUAUUGGCUCGAGGCACUGAGUAUUAUUGGGUGUAUGUCUGAGGCCAUCGACUUCGUCGAAACUUUGUGUUCACUCACAGAAGAAAAAGAAGGAUCUGGAGUAUCUGGGUUCCUUAGAGACGCUAGAUAUUUCCUCUCUCAAAACUGGCACAUAGUUGACGAGGCCCCCCUUCAAGUCUACUCGUCCGCCAUAAUUUUUAGUCCGGAAACAAGCAUCGUAAAAGUUCAGUUUCAAAAACACAUUCCAAAGUGGGUUUGCAGAUUCCCAAAAAGUUCAAAAUUCUGGAGCGGAAAUCCAAAAAUACUACAGGCGCACUUUCCGUCAGAUCAUAGGGUCGAAUUCUCUCCUGAUGAUAAGUGGCUAGUAUCAGCAUCUAUCCUCGGUACGGUCGGGCUCUGGGAUGUAUCGACGGGUCAGCGGAUAAAAUUUUUAAACUUAAACACCAACGGGUUCCCCGGAGUGGCUUUUUCGCCGGAUAGCAAAGAACUAGUAAUUUCUUCGGGUGGUAGCCGUCUGAUAGCUUGGGAUACGGCGACUGGCCAACAAAUAAGAGAUUACGAAGGCGAUGGACGGAAUAUUAGUAUCUUGCUGUUUUCUCCUGAUGGUAAGGGAUUGGCAAUGGUAGCGGAUGAUACGGAGCUUAGCCUUUGGGAUGUAGAGACACAGCAGCUGACGAAAACUUUCGAGAUCGGUCGGAAGGUUGUGAAAUUAGGCUUCUGUUCAGAAGGGAAACAACUAGUAGCGUUGUCAUCUCCUGAUAGUGGCUAUUCGACCCGGACACAUAUUCAUGAUUCGGUUGAGCUUUGGGUUGAGCUUUGGGACAUACCAACAGGGGAAUUACUAUGGAUUUUCCCAAUAACCUCGCCCCCCCACGCUCCGAUUAAAUUUAAAGCGAAUUUCUCCUUUGACGGGGAAAUAUUGGCACUAAUGGGGGAAAAUUCGAUUCAAGUAUGGAACCUGGCGACGAAACAGCUGGAGAGGAACCUAAAUUACAUUUACAGGACCUUAGUAGCUUGUUAUGAUUUCGACCGCAAGCAACUAGUAGAAGCGACAUAUGGCGAACUAGGAUUCUGGGAUGUAGAAACAGGAGAAAAAAAGAGAAUUAUCGGCCAAAAAGCGGGCCCUGGCAACGUCUACGAUAUUGCUUCAUCUCGCGACGGGAAGCGGGUAGCAGCGGCGUUGUCCGAUGGUAUCAUUCAACUUUGGGAUACCAACGCGCGCGUGGCGGGGGCCAAGGCUAAGGAGACCAAUGCACAGUCAAUAAAGGCUUCUAAAAGAGGCUUUGAUAGAAACACAUUAGUUCGUAAAUAUCCUAGAAUCGUUUUUUCGGAUGAUGGAAAGCAGUUGGUAUUAGGAACAGAACGGAAAAUCAUGGUCUGGGAUAUAGAAACGAAACAAAAGCUUCGCCAAUUUGAAGCAGAGUCCGGGGACAUUCAACCCUACAAAGCCUUUCAAAUUGUUGCCCUCUCGCCUGACAGAAAGCUGUUAGCGUCAGCGUCAUUCGACUAUUAUGUCAAAAUUUGGGACACAGAGACAGGGCAUUUGCUAAAAACUGUCUGGUCAGAAUAUUCCUCUCAGAGUUUGCAUUUUUCGAGCGACAACGAACGCUUAAAGACCGAUAGGCAGACCAUUUUUGUCUCUUCAUCCCCUCUCCGUAUUAUCCCUAAGAAGCCGGCCUCGAGUCACAUCCUUCUUAAGGAUGGCUGGGUAACUCAGCAUGGUCAAAAUAUUCUUUGGUUGCCGCAUAGUAACCGAGGCAGGUGCUCAGCUUCUAAUGACAGGCUCCUUAUCCUCGGUCAUGACUCUGGAGCUGUCAGCUUUUUCGAAUUUAACUAUGUAUCUACUGAGGUUGAAGACGCCUAA